AUGGCCAGAAGCAAAUGGCGAAGUGGAACGCUUCAUGAAAACAUUUGGGAAGGUGCUCCGAUCUGCACAUCUAACUGGAGAGAACAGGUGUACCAGUCCCUACGAAACUAUCGAGCAACUCCUCAUUGUACUACUGGUGUUGGUCCUUUCACCGCCCUCUUUGGAAGACCAGCCCUGCCCUACUCUGUUGCUUUUCCAUGCGAAACAGGUUUGAAACCAGCACUAAUGCGUGAGCUUGAUGCGCAACAGAAACUCUAGAUGAAUACUAUUCUGACAUACAGGUUGGAGAUACCGUGUUAGCAAAAACAACCAACUGACCUCAGUCAGUGCUGAAAGCUGAAGGAGGUGAUCGGAAGGUGACUCGUAAUUCUUCCCACUUUAAGAAGCUUGACCAAGACCAUGCAGAUCCAGUAUCAGUUGACACCAACUCAAGUGCAGACCCAGUAUCACUUGACACCAACUCAAGUGCAGACCCAGUAUCAGUUGACACCAACUCAAGUGCAGACCCAGUAUCAGUUGACACCAACUCAAGUGCAGACCCAGUAUCAGUUGACAUCAGCUCAAGUGCAGACCCAGUAUCAGUUGACGCCAACUCUAUUAUUGCAGACCCAGUAUCACCUGACACCAACUCAAGUGCAGACCUAGUAUCAGUUGACACCAACUCAAGUGCAGACCCAGUAUCAGUUGACAUCAGCUCAAGUGCAGACCCAGUAUCAGUUGAUACCAACCCAAGUGUAGACCCAGUAUCAGUUGACAUCAGCUCAAGUGCAGACCCAGUAUCACCUGACACCAACUCAAGUGCAGAACCAGUAUCAGUUGACACCAACUCAAAUGCAGACCCAGUAUCAGUAGACACCAGCUCAAGUGCAGACCCAGUAUCAACACCAACUCAAGUGCAGACCUAGUAUCAGUUGACACCAACCCAAUUGCAGGCCCAAUGUCACUUGCCAACACCUCAAGUGCAGACCCAGUAUCAGUUGACAUCAACUGGAGUGCAGAGCCAGUGUCAGUUGACACUAACUCAAGUGCAGACCCAAUAUCAGUUGACAUCAGCUCGUGUGCAGACCCAGGAUCAGUUGACACAAACUCAAGUGCAGACCCAGUGUGA